CAUCAAGUGUUAAUUAUUGUGAUUGUCGUCUUUAUCAUAUCAGUUUGUGUAAUUUCAUUUAUCAACUAAAAUCUAAAUAGUUAAGAGUUACGAGUGAACAACUUAACAUUAGCUAACUCUUUGGUGUCGUCGUUGUUUAAAAAAUUGUGUUUCACAAAAAUUAAGCUCAACCCAAUUUUCUUUUAAUUUCCGUCGUAUUUGUGGUAAUAAUAUUUGUAAUUAAAACUUAUGUGGUGCCUGGAUUAUAGAUAUUAUUAAAAAUGGAUACCUUGAGGUUUUAUUUUGUGACCUGGAAUGUGGCUACUAAGUCUCCAGGUCAAGACUUAAAUUCCUUAUUGGAUUUUCCAUCACAAUUUAAUCGAAAUAAACCUUUACCAGAUUUCUAUGUCAUUGGUCUUCAAGAAGUCAAAUCAGCUCCUCAGAACAUGGUAAUGGACAGUUUGUUCACUGACCCAUGGACAUCCACCUUUAAUAAGAUUCUGUGCAGACAAGGCUUUAUCAUUGCAAAGACAAUAAGGCUGCAAGGCAUCUUACUGAUAGUGUACACACAGCUUAAACAUGUUACACAUCUACGAGAUAUUGAAGCUCAGUACACUAAAACUGGAUUUGGAGGACUAUGGGGUAACAAAGGUGCAGUUAGUGUGAGAUUCAAUAUCUAUGGUUGUUCAGUGUGCCUUGUGAACUGUCAUCUUACAGCACAUGAACAUUUACAUCACCAUCGUGUUACUGACUACAAUACUAUAGUAAAUACCCACACAUACCAUGUUAGUGAAACUACCCACAUAUUGUACCAUGACUAUGUGUUCUUCAUUGGUGAUUUGAAUUGCCGUCUUCACCAUCCGCCAGAAGAAAGCCCUUCAGCGGAAGAAAUAGUUGCUGCACUACAAGAGGUAGAAAAAGAUAAAUAUGCAGCGCUACUGAAAUAUGACCAGUUGUAUGGUUCUCAAGAGUUAGAUGAAGCAUUUGUUGAGUUGACAGAACCCGAGAUAAGAUUCCCACCGACCUACAAAUUUAUAAUAGGCACCGAUGAUUAUGAUCUCAAGAGAAAACCAUCAUGGACGGACAGAAUAUUGUACAAAGUUGUACCAAAUAAUUACGAGAACAUAACUCUGAGAGCGGAUUGCAUAAGUUACAAUGACCUACCACAUUAUACCGUUAGUGACCAUAAACCCGUGGUAGCACUGUAUACCAUCAAGGUUCAGAGGCUCUUCACUCGCUCCCUGAUGGCUGAUGUUCCAAGAGUAGCGCGUUCUAUGAUCAGAAUGCGAACCGCUCUCGUCAAGCCUGCUGACACCCCUGAUGAUGAGGCGGGCACUAGCAUAGAUGCUCAUGGAGUAGAUGAAGAUGGUGAAGAUGUAGUUGAUAAUGUAGAAGGCGUAUUUGUCCCAGAAGAGGUGAUGGCAAACUAUACAGAGAAGACGGUGGAAUUCGCACCAGUGGUUAGAAUCUGGUACAUCGGGGACGCGGACUUCAGGACGCAUUGCACUUUGUCACCCGACGUUGAAAUAAACCCCAACGACUGGAUCGGAAUUUACGAUGCUGAUUUCCAUAAUUUAGACGAUUACAUCGCAUACGAAUAUUUAGCUAAAGUAUCGUUGGCACACGAUUCUCCGGAGAGCGGACACCCGCGUACGAUCACGCUGAGCUUCCCCGUGGGCAGCGGCGUGCGCACGCCCGGCUUCUACAGGUUCAUAUACUUCAGCCAGCCUAAUAAUGAAGUCAGGAGUGUCCUCGGUAUAUCGGAUCCUUUCGAGGUGUGCAGCAAAGAGGAUGCCCUGGUGAGUAUCGACCCUUGCGAGCAACCUUCCACCAGCUCCGAGAAGCCGAGCUCCGCCACCACCGACUUGUUCACCGACUUCACCGGCCUCGACGUCGCCAAGCUCUCGCGCCACUUCUCCAACGACCUCAGCAUCGACUGACUAAAGACGUACCUUCCCAGCUCGCCCGCUAGGAAGAAACUCUAAAAGGUAAUCUAAGUGUAAAUGUCUCUUUUCUAGCCCCUUCACUUUUACCGCGUAAAAUUACUAUAUACUAAGGGCCAGUCCUACCAAAUUGUAAAUUGUUUGAUAACAAUUGAACGUGUAAACAACAAAAUGACGUAAUUUUUAAGCUAUCUGGGCUUCUAUCAGCCAGUGGUGGGACAAGCCCUAAAAGUCUUUUUUAGCUGUCGCUUUAAUUUAUCCGCGUAAAAUUUCUAUGCUAAAAACUACUGGACCAAUUUAAAAAAUAAUUGAACCAUUAAGAAUUUAUAUAAUCAGAGUGACAUAAGCUAUAUUUUUUCUACGCUGGCAAAGUCGCGUGAAACAGCUAUUAAAAAUGCAGCCUAUGUUACAGGUAACGUAGCUUCUUAAUGGUGUAAAAUUGAAAUCGGCCCAGUAGUUUUUGAGUUAUUUCAAUACAUACAAAAUACAAAUCUUAACUCUUUAUAAUAUUAGUAUAGAUAUUGAAUAGUUGCUGAAUGUUAAGGCGGGAAUACACAUGCCAGCUAGCACACUUGCAAGCUACUGGCAUGUUUAUUCUUAUAAUAUAGCUGGCAUUCAAGUUGACUCGAAGAGUGAAUUAAAUUUAACAAUGACAUACCUCGUCUAGUACGGUCUAGUGAACUGGCAUGCAAGUUACUAUUCCAUUUAUUGUCAUGUGUAUUCCCGCCCUUAUUUGUUAAUCAUCGGUCUUUGUUAUUCCACUGAAAAUGUAUUUUAAACAUAGUUAAUUCCUGACACAUUGUAUAUUCUACUUUAUACUGACAGUAUAAAGUUCAUUUUUGCUUGCAUCUGAGAUUACAAAUAGCAAUUUCGCUACAUCCAAGUUAGACAUUUUAUAGAUUUUAUGUACUUAUUUAAUGUAACAUUUAGUUAAUUUUGGUCAUUAAAUAUAAAUCAAUGCAAUAAUGAACUUUAUAGUUAUAUACAUAAGUAUUAUAUUUAAUAAGAAUAUUUAGAACUGACAAUGAUGAGCAUUUAGACGGAUGUAGCAAAUAUACAGUACAUUAGAGGGGUCAAAGAACGGUUAGGAUUGAGUUAAAUGGAGUGAAUGAGUCGAAACUAUACUCACUCAAUCAUUCACUCAUUCGUUCACACGCAGUUCAAAUGAACGUUGUCUUUAGGAGUGUACCAUGGCUUUUAGACAAUAAUAAUGUAGGAACAUUUUAAUAAAAUUACAAUAAGAUUAUUUCAGUGAUGUAAUAGUACAAUUAAUAAUAGGUUGAAAGUUAUUGUACAAUUAAUGUUGUUUAUUUUCCUUUGACAUUCGUUUAUAAGUCUUUUUAAAUUACGUGAUAGCUAAGUUUUUUAUAUUGUUUUCAAUUUUUUUUAGUAUGAGAAAUACCACAAAAAAUCCAUUGUAAGAAAAUUAUUCACAAUUAGAAAAAAAACAUCUUUUGUUAUGAAAAUAUUUGUAUAAAAUCUUAGUUUUAAGUAUAUAAAUUGCAAUAUCUUUGCAGUAAUAUCUGUACAAAAACAUAGCUAUUUCACUCACAUGUUAAGUAUAGCAAUAGAAUUAUAUAAUCUAUAUCUAUACUGUUAUAAUAAAGCGUAAACACACACUUCUUUAUUGCCUAAGAUGUCAGCAAUCA